AAUGAUAAGAAGGAAUGCUAGAUCUUGUGGCAAGUUCUGAUGCAUUUCCUAGAAGUGGGUUGCGUGUUCAAAAUCAUGUUAUUGGGAACAUUUAUUUUUUAUCUGUUGCUCUAUUUGUAUCAUCUUUGAUAUGGUUUUGAUCUUCUAUUUUGACUUGUUUUGGUUGUCUCGGUUGUGCUAGAUCUUGAUGAUAGAGAAGCUAUCUCAGUCAGAUAGUGUGAAGAUAUUGAUGACAUGUCAUCAUUACCUGGCUGAAGUGUGACUGAUCAGAAAUUGGCAAAAACAAUUUCAAAUCCUAUCUCUCUGUUUCUGCUGAAUCCUUCCUGAUUUUAUUACCUCUAAAACAUUCUGUUCAUAAUUUUCACAAACAUGGGUCUUUCAAGUCUCCCAGCUCCAUCUGAAGGAGUUCUAUGUAUACUUUUAGUUAACACGGCACUGUCCAUCUCCAUAGUGAAAGGCAUAGUCCGGUCUAUACUUCACAUAGUCGGAAUCGGCCUUUCAUCAUCGUCUUCGUCAUCAUCAUCAUCUUCAUCACAUCCCUCAUCAGAAGACGAUUACGUGAACCACCCUUCCGAAUCAUACGAAUUCUAUUGUGGUACCCCUUGUGAGAAUUACGUCGAGGAGUUUAGAAACCGAGUACCUACCAUUCGGUUUGAUGCUUUAUGUGGCUGUGAGGAGCCUGAGAAUGAAUGUUCGGUUUGCCUGAAUCGGUUUGAACCCGAAUCAGAGAUAAACCACUUGAGUUGUGGCCACGUUUUUCACAAAGUAUGCUUAGAGAAGUGGUUGGACUAUUGGAAUGUCACUUGCCCUCUUUGCAGGACUCCAUUAAUGCCUGAAGAAGAGCUGUCCUGCAAUUGGUAAGCUGCUUUCUAGAAGCGUGUCAAGCAAGAAAAAAACUUCCAUGUACAGCGUAGUUGUAUAGGUGUUUAGAACAAAUGCAUCGGCUGGCCAUAGUUGUUAUAUGUACCUCUUUCAUGUUUCUUGAGUUUUAAAGCCUGUUAUGUCCAUGGCUUCUGGAGAGGAGACCGAAAAUUUUACUGAUUGUAUAUAUUUUGAGGUUUCUGAAUCCUCUGAUGUUUUUAAGCAUCAACUUCCAGCUUUGAGUUUUUGUUGAA